CAGAAAGUUGAUUCCCUGCUGAAGAGAAGCUGAUGGCAAAGCUGGCUGUGUGUGUUUCCAUCAUACUGGUGCUCCUGGUGGCACUGGGUGAAAGCAGUCCUGUGAAGUUUUGCUGCACACAGUACAAUGAACAUCCAGUCCCAGUGAAAGUGCUGAAAAACUUUAAAAUCCAGAAGGUCACAGGUUUUUGCAACAUCAAAGCAGUAAUUUUCAGGACUUCGAAAAACAAACUUCUCUGUGCCGAUCCUGACAAAAAGUGGGUGAAAGAUGCCAUGGAGUCUAUAACACAAAGACACUAAACAACGUGGAGAUCAUCUGAGGAAAUCAGCUUCAAGACACAAAGACGCACAAGAUGAAUUGAAUGUAUUUUCUUUACGGCCAAUAAAUAGAAUAUUUUUGU